AUGCUCGGUGCUGCACAGGGGAGCCAAAACCCGCCGCUGCUCCCCGCGGGGCUGCAUCGGGGACGGGGUGUGAGGAGCCUCCCGGGUGCUGCAGGAGAGGGGAAGGGAGCGCCCGCAGCCGCCGAGGGUCACUGGGGCGCCCCUUGUCCCGCCGCUCCCCUCCAACCCAGCCCGGUGUCGGGCACGGGCGGGGGUCCCCGAGGGUACCCGCAGGUCCCCUCAGCGACCGGCGGGGGGGAAAGGGGGGGGCAGAGGGAGCCAGCGCCCCCUCCCCCUCCCGGCUCCAAGGACAUUUUGUUUUUCCUCCCAAGGACAAAGGACAAUGAAGAGCCCGGAGACUCCGGCACUUACCCGGCGAAGAACAGCCCGCUGGCAGGCACCCGGGGCCCCGAGAACGGGGCGCUGCUCCCGGCUCUCCCUGCCCGCGGUCAAGGGCGGCCCCGCGCCCGCCUGGCGAGGGAGCGGCGCGGGCAGCGCUCCGCAGCCCGGCGCCAUUGCUGCCCGACCGUCGGCAGCCCCGUUCGGCAGCCCGGCUCGCCGCCCUCCAAAGCCCCGCAGCCCACAGAGCGCCGGGCCCGAUUUGGCGCCCGGGAGCGGCACCGAGGGCGCUCGCCGGGCGUCCCCGGUGCGAGCGGCGGGGAGAGCGCCGGGAGACGGGCGGGAGCUGCAGCUGCUCCCCGGCCAUCUUGUGCCGUGUGUGUGAGGGAGCCUCCGCCGUCUCCUCUCAACUCCUUGCUCCCCUCCCCCCGCACAACAUGGCCGCCCGGUCGCUCCUCACUGCGGCGGGGAAGGGGCGGCGCCGCGCGCGCACCCCGCCCCUCCCCGCCCUCGGCUGCGCGCGCGCCGCGCGCCGCUCCCCAUUGGCCUCCCCCCGCCCGGGCCCCGCGCGCUCCGCAGCAGCGGCCUCCUAUUGGCCCGCGCUCCCCGCCUCAGCCGCCCCCCAUUGGCUCCCGCCGCCUCCUCGCGCGCCGGCCGCAGCAGCCGCCCCUCAGGGGGAGGCGGGAGCGAGAGCAGGAGCGGCCACCGCCCCCUCCCAGCCCCACCUGGCCGGGCCAUCCCACCUGCACUGCCCUAGCGUAG